GAGAACACAUUCCAGGCAGAGCAGACACAGUACGGGACAAUAAGGGGUGGGACAAAACUGUAUACUACUUUAAAAAAUGUAAUCUCGACUUCAGAUCGGGGCCGCAGACCGCAACGAAAGACGCGUACUUACUUAAUGUGAGAGGACUUGAAGGAAGCCUUCACUCGUGAAGCGGAAGGAGUCUGAUCUGGUUCCAGAGACCGACGGCGGUGAUUCGUGGUGUUGUCGGUUAUCAGCGCAGAUUCGGACCCAGAUGAGAUAGGCUACACCCGGCUGUUUGUCGUCCUGUCGGGACACAGCCGCCAGGCUUUUAUCUCAUACCAUCUUCUUGAAGACUUAUUUUAAUUUUCACAGAGAUUCACUUGAACGAGUGAGUAGUUUGUAGUAGAGGGAAAAACUGCGGGCGAACUUUCCCCCCACCAAAAAAAAAAAAAAGUGACGGUUGGUCGUCUUCUUUCCGACGCAGGAAAGGAUGCGAGCUUUCUGCGGAUGAAACAUCUGCCAUUGAAGAGUAACUUAACCUCAACUCUCAAAUGGAGCCGCUUGUGGUUUGAACCCUUCCUUCUACUCGACUUUCUCCGGCCACGUAGGGACCCUGCAAGCUAGCUGUGAUAUGGGAGACGUGCGGCUGUCAAGUUAAAAGGCGAGCAGCAGAAAACAGAGAUGGGAAGCUCUGCUCUGCUUACACUGGUGCUAGCUGGGACACUGCUGUGGAUCUCUGCUAUCCAUGCAGACUCUGAAAACGCAGGGAAACUCCUGUGCACAUGUGAGAAUGCCAAAAACACAUGUGUGAAUGGAACUUGCAGAGGAAACUACUGCUUCUACUCCUGGGUUAAAGGCUUUGAGGAGCGGGGCUGUUUCAUAGAUAACUACAGGGAGCAGUGCUUCGCCUCCUUGCCGAAAUUCUUCAUCUACUGCUGCAGAGAGAAUUACUGCAACUCCGUCACCACACCACCUCCAAACAUAAAUGGAGACACGACGACAACGCCCCCAGAUAUCAGCCGUCCGGAGUUGUGGAUCGCUGUGUCUUUGCUGCUGUUCAUCAUGACUAUCAGUGUGUGUGGCCUGGUGUUGUUCCUGCGCUUCAGACGUGCACACUGCAGACUGAAAAAUGCUGAAGACCAUGAUGUGACCAUGCGUAAGGUCCCCAGUGGAGAUGACCCAACAUAUGGCGAAAUCUAUGAUGAGUUUUGUACGUCAGGGAGUGGGACAGGGCUGCCCUAUCUGGUCCAGAGGACUAUGGCCAGACAAAUCUCACUUGUGGAAUGUGUCGGAAAAGGCAGGUAUGGGGAGGUGUGGAGGGGAACUUGGAUGGGGGAAAGUGUGGCUGUCAAGAUCUUCUCCUCCAGGGACGAGCAGUCCUGGUUCAGAGAGACAGAGAUCUACAAUACAGUACAGCUGCGACACGACAAUAUACUGGGUUUCAUCGCCUCUGACAUGACAUCCAAGAAUUCCAGCACCCAGCUGUGGCUUGUCACCCACUUUCAUGAGCUGGGCUCACUCUACGACUUCCUGCAGUACAGCAGCUUGGAGCCCGAGAGCUGCCUGAGGAUGUGCCUGUCUGUGGCCUGUGGUCUGGUCCACCUCCACACAGAGAUUGUCAGCUCCCAGGAGAAGCCAGCCAUCGCCCACAGAGACCUGAAAAGCCGAAACAUCCUGGUAAAGCGCAACGGACAAUGCUGCAUCGCUGAUCUAGGUUUGGCUGUCAUACACUCUCAGUCCCAUGAUUACCUCGAUGUGGGCAACAACCCUCGUGUGGGAACCAAGCGCUACAUGGCCCCAGAGGUGCUGGAUGAGACUAUUCGUACGGAUGUCUUUGAGUCCUACAAGCAAACCGACAUCUGGGCACUGGGCCUUGUCUUCUGGGAAAUUAGCAGAAGGACCAUUGUCAAUGGGAUUGUGGAAGAGUACCGUCCUCCCUUUUUUGACCUGGUGCCAUUAGAUCCUAGCUUUGAGGAGAUGAAGAAGGUGGUUUGUGUCGACCAGCAGAGGCCCAGUCUGCACAACAGGCUCCAUUCGCAUCCUAUCCUUACAGCCGUUGUGAAGAUCAUGAAAGAGUGUUGGUACCAGAGCCCACAAGCCCGCCUCACAGCCCUGCGGGUGCGGAAGACGCUCUCCAAACUGGACCACGACAGCGACUUCAGCAUUGAGAAACUCAAGCGGGACGUCUAGACACCAAGAUACCAAAACGGAACGGGGACAAAAAGAUUGAAAAUGCCUGAAGGCAUUUUGCACCACAAUCCAGCAGCACAAGGUGCAUGUCAUUAGCAUAUAUCGAGCUAAUGACUCACACAGUCACUGCAUUAUAUUAAAACCAUAUGACUUUCAGCAGUAUUGUCUAGACUGGCUCGCACCCAAGGCUAUUUUCUUUUUGUAGAGCCUGAUUUUCAUCUGCCGUAUUUCUACUGCCUCAAACUAUGAGGCCCCAUAAAGGAAACUAUUUUAUCAGGGUAUUUUUUCUCUCUGUUAUGUUCAGCUCAUAAAUGUUUUCAGACAGUUCUACAACAGAAUAAUUAAUGGGAAAUUCACAGGCUGUUCUUCACACACAGGGUUUUAAUCAUUAUUGUAUAAAUCCCCCAUCGUCAUGCAGACAGGAAGAUCUAGCAUAGCACAGUUACUCAUCCUCUUAUCACAUAUUUCAUUCUGUUCUUUUUUUAAUUGCAGUUACGGGUUUUUCCAUCAUGACCAAAGCCACAGAAAGUUGGUGAGAACAAAAAAAGGCAUUGGUGUUCUUUUAGUAUGAAAAAAGGGAAAUAUGUAAGUAACAACAUGCUCAUACCAAAGCACAUUAGCUGUUGUGUAAGCAUAUUUAACUUAUAUUGAAUGAGCAUUUAUUAUCCGUACUCAGACACAUAGUUGUACAUAGUCUGACAGCACAGAAGCUGUUGUUUUGUAUCACCAUUGGAUUUACUGUAAAUAUAUUUUUUAAAGGGGUAUUAUUUUCUAUUAUUCGACACCAAGACACAUUUCAUGUACUUUUUUUUUCAACACACCUUUUUCAGUUUUCUUUCUUUUCUUUUUUUUUAACCUUUCUGUAGGCUUUAAAUGCAACCAUCACCAUUACUUUGGUCAGUAAAUGGAUUCACAAACAGAUGUAAUAUUGUAUAUGUUGAAUAAAGGAUUGUAUUUUUUAACUGUU